AUGUCAACAGAAGCACCAAAUUGGCCAAUCGACGGAGGCCAUCGCGCCUGGCUUUCGACCUUUGGGGCAUGGUGGGCUAUGUUCAUCACCUUCGGCUGGGUCAACUCCCUCGGUGUCUUCCAAUCAUAUUACGAACAAAACCUCCUUUCAGACUAUUCCACCUCGUCAAUCGCAUGGAUCGCAUCUGUCCAGCAAUGUCUUACAUACAGCAUGGGCAUUUUCCUCGGCAAAGUGUUUGACAACUACGGUCCACGAUGGCUUCUUAUCUUCGGAGGUCUUGCCCAGGUGUUCGGUCUGAUGAUGACGUCUAUAUCGACAGAGUACUACCAAGUCUUUCUUUCGCAGGCUAUAUGCAGUGCACUUGGCGCUAGUGCUGUUAUGUACGGCACCGUUGGAGCGCUGGCGACAUGGUGGAAAACUCGCAGAGCUGCAGCAUACGGCAUCGCCAUCUCUGGAUCAUCUAUUGGUGGUGUCAUCUUUCCCAUCAUGGUAAAUCGGCUCAUGCCUCGUGUCGGAUUCGGUUGGACGAUGCGAAUUGUCGCAUUCAUCAUUCUUCUCGGAGCUGUUAUGUCAAUAGCGACAAUUCGAUCGAACAGAGCCCACGUCCCGACAUCAUUCAAUACCCGAACUUAUAUCACCCCGUUGAAGGACAUGAGAUUCGUUCUCCUCUGCUUGGCAUUGACACUUUUUGGCUUUGGACUAUUCCUUCCCUUCAACUUUAUUCCUCUAGAAGGACAGUCAAUUGGAAUGUCAUGGGAUAUGUCGAUCUACUCAAUCGUUAUUCUCAAUGCUGUCAGUGUCUUUGGUCGCAUCCUGCCAGGCUUUCUCGCCGACAAGUUUGGGCGCUUCAACAUGAUGGUGGUCUGCACAACCAUGUCCGCCAUCUUGACACUGGCUGUUUGGCUUCCCGGCAAGUCCAAUACAGCAUUACUUUGUUACUCUGCAUUCUUUGGCUUCUUUUCCGGCUGCUACAUCUCGUUGACUCCAGCUCUCGUGGUCGAGGUUUCACCGCCAUCCGAUAUUGGCCAUCGCACUGGAAUACUAUAUUUCUGUAUCUCCAUUGGUGUUCUUGCCGGUAGUCCCAUUGCAGGUGCGCUUGUGGAGGCUAAUGAAGGUGAUUAUACAUAUCUCAAAGUGUUCUCUGGUGUAACCAUGUUAACUGGAGCGGUUCUGGUUGCUCUUCUUUGUCUUUACAUCAAACACCUUGCAAAGAAGACAGAAGUUGCAUCGCAAAAGCAGUAG